CGCAGCUCGAGUCCCCGGCCGCCGCCGCAGCGCGCCUGCCCCGGGCCCCCUGUCCCGCGAAGAUGGCUGCCGUACGCCGGGCCCGCAGUUACUGCCGCUGCCUGGUGCGCUUCUCCGACCGAGAACUCUGCUAAGCCCCGCUGCAGCAGACGGGCAGGAGUAGACACCGGGCAGCCGCCAGCCCUCCUCCGGGAGCCGGGCGCGGGGAGCCCCUCGACGAAGCCGGCCGGCCGGCCGCCAGCAUGGCAGAAGCGGAGGAAGAUUGUCAUUCUGAUGCUGUCAGAGUGGGUGAUGAUGAAAAGGAGAGUCCUGCUGAGAGAGACCUGCAGGCACAGCUCCAGAUGUUCAGAGCUCAGUGGAUGUUUGAACUUGCCCCAGGUGUGGGUUCCAGUAAUCUAGACACUCGGCCUUGCAGGUCAGGAAGAGGCUCCAUACUGAAAGCAGCUGCAGACACCAAAGGAAGGCAGGAGCUGGCAAAGGAAGAAAAGGCUCGAGAACUCUUCCUGAAGGCAGUAGAAGAAGAACAAAACGGAGCUCUCUAUGAAGCCAUCAAGUUCUACCGUAGGGCUAUGCAACUUGUACCUGAUAUUGAGUUCAAGAUUACUUAUACCCGGUCUCCAGAUGGUGAUGGCAUUGGAAACAGCUACAUUGAAGAUAAUGAGGAUGACAGCAAGGUGGCAGAUCUCUUGUCGUACUUCCAGCAGCAGCUCACAUUUCAGGAGUCUGUGCUCAAACUGUGUCAGCCUGAGCUUGAAACCAGUCAGACUCACAUAUCAGUCCUGCCUAUGGAGGUCCUGAUGUACAUCUUCCGAUGGGUGGUAUCAAGUGACUUGGACCUCAGAUCGUUAGAGCAGUUGUCACUGGUGUGCAGAGGAUUCUAUAUCUGUGCCAGAGACCCUGAAAUAUGGCGUCUGGCUUGCUUGAAAGUGUGGGGCAGAAGCUGUAUGAAACUUGUCCCAUACUCGUCCUGGAGAGAGAUGUUUUUAGAACGGCCUCGUGUUCGCUUUGAUGGUGUGUACAUCAGUAAAACCACAUAUAUCCGCCAGGGAGAGCAGUCUCUGGAUGGUUUCUAUAGAGCCUGGCACCAAGUGGAAUACUACAGGUACAUAAGAUUCUUUCCUGAUGGCCAUGUGAUGAUGUUGACAACCCCCGAGGAGCCUCAGUCCAUUGUUCCCCGUUUAAGAACUAGGAACACCAGAACGGAUGCAAUUCUGCUGGGUCAUUAUCGCUUGUCACAAGAUGCAGACAAUCAGACCAAAGUAUUUGCUGUAAUAACUAAGAAAAAAGAAGACAAACCACUUGACUAUAAAUACAGAUAUUUUCGUCGUGUUCCUGUGCAAGAAGCAGAUCAUAGUUUUCAUGUGGGGCUGCAGCUGUGUUCCAGUGGCCACCAGAGGUUCAACAAACUCAUCUGGAUCCAUCACUCUUGUCACAUCACUUACAAAUCAACUGGAGAGACUGCAGUCAGCGCUUUUGAGAUCGACAAGAUGUACACCCCCUUGUUCUUCGCCAGAGUCAGGAGCUACACUGCCUUCUCUGAAAGGCCUCUGUAGAGCCUCGCCAGCACGCCACUGCUGCAUGAGCAGAAGCAGAGCGUGCCCGAAUGCCUAAGUUAAAUGUACAUACAUGGAGUUGGAACUUAUCUUAAGUUGUUGGAAUUCCUUUACGAAGAGUAUAAAUUAUUUUUUUUAUUUAAAGGGGUAGUUGAUUCCUGGGGUAAUUUGUUUUGAAAUUAGAAGUUGUUAAGUACACUUAUGUUGUAGUAAACCUAAAAGUGGGGUUUAAAUCAUGUUUUCAAGCAGGUUUCUGAGCAGAUCUGUCACGUAUGCUGCCUUGUGCCUGAACAUCCUCAUCCUCACGUAUGUCAGGGAGCACACUGGAUAGUAUUUAUUCCCGCAUGACAUAGUGUCUUCGCAUCAGACUCAAAAUGUAAAACCUGUUCUGGAUUUGUUUGAAACUGUUCAAUAAAGAUCAUCAAUAAAUGUGUCUUUCAAGGAGA